UUUUUCCGUUUCAUACACUUUUUCUUUACCUUUAUUGUUCCAAUCUUAUCCUAUCCUUUAAAUAUACACACACAAAAAUACAUUAACACUUCAAUCCCACGCUUUCAAUAGAUAGAUAGAGCAUUCAUUCAUCACCAACAUGGCUCUUCUAGGCUUAAUGAGUUUUGCUGCCUUGACCCUUUUCUUGGUCCUAACAACUGUGCCUCGUCAAGCACACGCUUCAAGCCGUGGCAACUUAGGCAGAAACAUCAACCCUUCAGUGUAUGGCAUAUGUGCCUCUUCUGUCAUUGUGCAUGGAUACAAGUGUCAAGAACACGAGGUUACAACUGAUGAUGGUUACAUUCUGAGCCUGCAAAGGAUCCCAGAAGGUCGAGGUAAAAGCAGUGGGAGUGGGACAAGGAAGCAACCAGUGGUUAUACAACAUGGAGUUCUUGUAGAUGGUAUGACAUGGCUUCUAAACCCACCAGAGCAAGAUCUGCCGUUGAUUUUAGCUGAUAAUGGAUUUGACGUGUGGAUUGCAAACACAAGAGGAACCAGAUAUAGUCGCCGACACAUCUCAUUGGACCCCUCUAGCCAGGCCUAUUGGAAUUGGUCUUGGGAUGAACUUGUCUCCUAUGAUUUCCCUGCGGUGUUUAAUUAUGUGUUCAGCCAAACGGGGCAGAAGAUCAAUUACGUUGGCCAUUCAUUGGGAACUUUGGUAGCUUUGGCAUCCUUCUCGGAAGGAAAAUUGGUUAACCAGCUGAAAUCAGCAGCCUUGUUGAGCCCUAUAGCCUAUUUAAGCCACAUGAAUACAGCACUUGGUGUUGUUGCAGCCAAGUCCUUUGUUGGUGAGAUCACUACCCUCUUCGGUCUAGCAGAAUUUAAUCCAAAAGGGUUAGCUGUUGAUGCCUUUCUCAAGUCUCUCUGUGCUCACCCUGGGAUAGACUGCUAUGACUUGUUGACUGCACUAACUGGUAAAAAUUGCUGCCUCAAUUCUUCAACUGUUGAUCUAUUCUUGAUGAAUGAGCCUCAGUCAACAUCAACAAAGAACAUGGUGCACUUGGCUCAGACUGUUAGACUUGGGGCGUUGACAAAAUUCAAUUAUGUGAGACCAGACUAUAACAUUAUGCACUAUGGAGAAAUAUUUCCUCCAAUCUAUAACCUUUCCAACAUCCCCCACGAUCUCCCUCUCUUCAUUAGCUAUGGUGGAAGAGAUGCACUUUCAGAUGUCCGUGAUGUUGAGAAUUUGCUUGAUAAACUCAAGUUCCAUGAUGAGAACAAGCGCAGCGUUCAGUUCAUCCAGGAAUAUGCUCAUGCUGACUACAUUAUGGGGUUCAAUGCCAAGGACUUGGUGUAUAAUGCUGUUCUUUCAUUUUUCAAUCAUCAAGUUUAACACUGGAUAGAAUGAAUCAAGUUGUAUGAAAAGAGUGCCUUCAUGUAUUAGGUAGCUAUCAUUGAGAUCAAUCUAAGUUAUCUAGUGGAGAUUAAGUAACGGCUAAUUACAAAAGUAAUGAAGUAUUAUCACUAGUGAUUUGCUUUGGUGUUGCAAAUGGCUAUUGCAUCUAUCUAUUGUGUUGCAUUGUAAUGCAGAGGAAAGUGGCUUUUGGCUUCAGUUAUCUAAGAUGAAAAACGUGGAUGAGAUCAUUUAUCAAAAGAAUUAUAAAAACUAUGUUUCCAAACCAUGAUGAAGCAUAUGUA